AUGGCUCUUGCUGCGGUCUUGAUCCUCGUCUCUCUUUCAAGGGUCGUUUCUUUGAGUCUUCAAGGUGGGGAGGUAUCUGCAGUCGGGGACUCGGGCAUGAGAAGAGACGGCCUAAGAGUGGCGAUAGAGUCGUGGAAUCAAUGCAACGAGGUCGGAGAGGAAGCACCUAACAUGGGAAGCCCAAGAGCAGCUGAUUGCUUUGACAUAUACAAAGCUUCUCCCCGACAAGGAGAAGAUCAGUGCUCACUCUGCAGCAGAGUGCCCUACGUGCUCGUGCACCGUGUAACGGAGGAGGAAAACCGGCUGGGAAUAGGGCAGCCGUUUCUCGGAGUCGAUCAAGAUUCACUCAUAAAUGUGGACCUGUAUGCAGCUGAGAAAGAGCUUUAUUUAGGGAGUAAAUGUCAAGUGGAAGACAUACCUAAUCCAUGGCAGUUUUGGAUGAUCAUGCUGAAAAACGGCAACAUGGAUACGUACGCUGCUAAAUGCCCCAAAAACGGGCAAAAAGUAGGCCCUUACGGACCCGAUAGCCAGUUUCCUUGCUUCGGAAAAGGCUGCAUGAACCAACCAUCCAUCUAUCACGACUACACCUCGUUGCAAGGGCCUAACUGGACUCAACUGAAGGGCCGUUUCUACGGCUCAUGGGACUUGGAUUCUGAUCCGAGCAAAGGGAUGGAAGGAGGCAACUUUUCUUACCAUUCAGUUACAUGGGAGAAGGAGCUUGGGGAAGGAAGCUGGAUCUUUCAUCACGUUGUACGAACGUCGGCCAAGUACCCCUGGCUGAUGCUUUAUCUGAGAGCCGACGCAACCACCGGAUUCUCCGGUGGCUACCACUACCCUACAAGGGGAAUGAUGAAGAUAAUACCAGAAUCACCUGAUUUUGUAGUGAGGUUCACUCUGAAUGUGAUCAGCGGCGGAGGGCCGAGCAGCCAGUUCUACUUGCUGGACAUCGGCAGUUGCUGGAAGAACAACGGCCAGCCAUGCAACGGGGACACGACCACGGAUGUGACGCGCUACAACGAGAUGAUCUUGAAUCCGGACACACCUUCAUGGUGCCGUCCGGAUGACUUCAAGCUCUGCCCACCAUACCACACUUUCUCAAAUGGCAGCACUGUGCACCGCUCCGAUGCUGCUCGUUUCCCCCACGAGGCGUAUCACCUGUACUGUGCGCCCGGGAACGCAGAGCACGCAGAAACACCCAACACUAUGUGUGAUCCUUAUAGUAACCCUCAGGCACAGGAGAUUCUUCAGAUUCUGCCUCAUCCCGUUUGGGGUGACUAUGGCUAUCCGACGAGGAGAGGGGAGGGGUGGAUCGGAGACUCCAGAAGUUGGGAGCUCGACGUUGGGAGGCUCUCGGGAUCCCUUUACUUUUACCAGGAUCCGGGCACUGCACCUGCAAGAAGGCAAUGGAUGUCCAUAGAUUUGGGAACUGAGAUUUUUAAAGCUCCCAAUCAAGUAGCAGAAUGGACUGUCACUGAUUUUGACAUUCUUGUACCCGAAAUAUAG